AUGACAAACCAGCGUGAACGUGCCCAAUCCGGACUAGGCGAAGUCGCCGAACGACGUUGGCUGAUGUUUUGCACCGAGACUUGGGGUAUGUUGAACAACGUUUUGCUCGCCCCGGCUAGAGAUAUCUGCCUUAAUGCAAAGAAGCUUUGCUAG